AUGCGGUUGCGUAUUGCAGCAGUAUUUCCCAUUCUUUGGAUGUUAAUUAUUCUCAAGCAGGUCUCUGGCUCAGGAGUGUUCCAGUUACGACUGAAAUCCUUUCGGAAUACCCAGGGAUUAUUAGCAAACGGCAACUGUUGCAGCCUAUUAAAAGAUGGAAGCUGCGCCUCACCUUGCAGCACCUUUUUUCGGAUAUGCCUUACCCAUUUUAUGGCCAAUAUAAUGCCGAACACCAAAUGUUCAUUUGCGACACGAUAUACACCCGUACUCGGAAAUAAUUCUAUUGAUUUCUCUAGGGACGUACACAACUUUACCAACCCCAUGUUGCUCCCCUUCGAUUUUUCUUGGCCGGGUACCUUUUCGUUGAUCAUAGAGGCAUGGCAUAACAACACUCGACAUGGUCCAUCCUCCGGGAACACUCAAGAAUUGAUAAUGCGUAUGGCUGUUCAGGGCUCGCUUAGUGUUGGCAUUAAAUGGAAUGAUGAAUUUGGGCACUACACUUGUCUUAAUGAUGGCAGCAUAAAGUGCUUACCAGGAUGGAAAGGACAAUAUUGUCAAGAACCGGUAUGCCUUCCUGGCUGUCAUUCUGAACAAGGGUAUUGUGACAAGCCCAAUGAGUGCAUAUGUCAUUUAGGCUGGAAGGGCAAAUACUGUGAUGAGUGUAUUCCUCACCCAAGCUGUCGAGAAGGCACUUGUAACAAAUCCUGGGAAUGCAACUGUGUUGAAGGAUGGGGUGGACUAUUGUGUAAUCAGGAUCUCAACUAUUGCACUCAUCACAAUCCAUGCAAGAAUGAUGGUACUUGCACCAAUACAGGUCAAGGAAGCUACACUUGUACUUGUCCAGAUGGUUUUAAUGGCACCAACUGUGAAAUCAAAGUUGACAAUUGCCAGCAUCAGCCAUGUCUAAAUCACGGAACUUGUGAAGAUACUGGCACUGGUUUUCAGUGUCGCUGUGCAAAAGGAUUUAGUGGUAAGCAAUGUGACAUCCAGGCAGUAUCUUGUGAUGGCAAUCCUUGCCGAAAUAAUGGAAAAUGUAGAAACAUUGGUGACACUUACUUAUGUGAAUGUCAACCAGGUUUUUCAGGACCUAAUUGUGAAUUGGAAAUUAAUGAGUGCUUAUCAAGUCCAUGUAAAAAUGGUGGACGCUGUGUUGAUGAAAUGAAUGGAUUUCGCUGUGUUUGUACUCCUGGAUUUAAUGGUCAAACUUGUGAGGAAAAUGUGAAUGAUUGUUCUAAAAAUCCCUGUCUUAAUGGAGGUACCUGUACAGAUAAAGUGAACGAUUUUGUAUGUCGUUGUGUGCCUGGAUACGUUGGCACUUUAUGUGAAGUGGCAGUGAAUGACUGUGAGAUCCGUCCUUGUGCCAAUGGUGGCACAUGCCAGGAUCGGAACAAUGACUUUGCUUGCAUUUGUGCUCUUGGAUUCACUGGGAAGGAUUGUACCACUAAUAUUGAUGACUGCUCACCCAACCCUUGCAGACAUGGCAAGUGCAAAGAUCUUGUUGCUGGAUAUCAGUGCUUUUGUAAUGAUGGCUACACUGGUCAUAAUUGUGAUCGUGUUGAAGGGAAAAGUCCUCCACGUAAUACUACAAGCCCAAUGGCUACUGUAAACCAGCGUAAAGCUUUAAAGGAAGAGGAAAAAGAAGAGUCACUUUCUGUCAUUCAUUUGGGGCUUAUUAUUUGUCUGGGAGCUGGUGUACCUCUUGUGCUGAUUAUUAUUGCAGUAAUUGUGAUGUUAUUACGACACCGACAGCAUCACUUCCGAGAAAAUAUGCAAAAAGAGAAUGAACAAAAUAAGUUCAAUAGCAAAUGCAUGGAGACUGAUAUCUUUACAACAAUCCCAUCUGCCAGCUCUUCAGACAAAAUAACCAAAGAUGAACUUGAAUGUUCAAACAGGUUCAAUCCAGGACAGAUUUAUGACAAAUCAGCAAAGAUCUUAUUAACAAAACACAAUAAUACAAAAGACCCUUGUCACAAACCAUGUAAUAAAAUGUUAACACCAACAUUAAAUACUGAAGUUGGGGAGAGCAGUAUAAAAGUUGAAAAAACACACCUAAAUAUCAGUGACACUCUAUUAAAAAAUGAGCAAGCACAACGGCUCAUGUUGAACAAUGAACGUCCGCAUGUACUAGCUACACAAGUUUGA